CUACCAUUCAAUUACCAUUCGAUGAUUACUCCGGUACUUAAUAAUGCAGCCAUUGUUGAAGUCAUAGGAAGAAAUCUUGACUCGACGCCGGCCCGACGAAGGGUCAGACGGCGGGUAACCUCGGAUCCUUGUCUGCCAGAACGACUACCUUCGUCUGCAUUCCUCCUGCGCGAAGCCGAAAGUGUAGCACCCAACGAAAUCCUUCGUCAACUGCGACGUAGUCCUUCGCCACCGUCGAGUCCGCCCGCGGAAGACGACGAUGACUUCACUCAUCUACGUUCUUCUAGUGUCAGGUCAACAGCAUCUGCUUCUGUGCAAGCCAAAGCAAAGUCCAAGGUCACGGACACACAAUGCUUCGGUGGCCCAUGGAAGGAGCCUCAGCCGUUUGAAGUCUUUCGUGCUGUGGAACGUAAGGAUAUCAUGUACUUGAUGGAAAUUCGAGACAGGGCAUUUCAUUUGUUGCUCAGGAAGAGUGGAGACGCUACACCACUCCUUCAUGCCAUGCGGAUAGGGCAGUCGCACAAAGACGUUGCUAUCAUUCUACUAGGAGCUUUUUCGCGAUGGGUUAAUCAUCUAGACGAGGCGGACAUUCAGAAGCCAAAGACUAAAGCCCUUCUGAAAGCACUGCGUACGAAUUUAAAGCUUGCCAUUGACUAUGGUCUAGCUCAGUCACAAAGUGAUCUUACUGCAUCAUUCCUACAGACGCUUAUAAUGAGUGAAGGCGACAAGUGGGUUUGGGCCCAAGUUUCUAAUGUCUCGCUUGCAUUAAAGGCAGGAACAACCGGUGAACCCGUCAAAGCGGCGAGCUCUGCCGUUCGCAAAUUUGCUACCAAGGAAUUAGGGAAAGCGGCACUUAUUGCAUCGUUGGAAGACUAUGUUGCAAACGCGACCGUGGACUUGCUGAUGAUGGCAGCAUGGUCAUCUUCGUUGGAUACAAUUCCCGGUGAACAGAUACCUACAUAUUUCUUCGCGCGAGAUGACCGAGUUUUUAAAUGUUUCACUGAACAACUCGACGAGCACGCGGGCGCUAUCCGUCAUGCCCUAAGUAAGCGUCUUAAGUGGCAACUGCGUGUUUUACAAGUUGUCAUCGAGACGCGGACAACGAGUUACCGAAGAAAGGUAGAGCUGCUGAGUGGUGAACUCGACUGUGGCGAAGGCGUGUAAGAUCUAUCAUGGACAAUUUCGCACCUGUAUCUCGGAACUAUCUAUUGACAUCAUUCAAGCACUAUCCGUUAAACCUAACGAGAUCCUGCUCAUUAAGGUGCCAUGCUGGUUUUAGAUUCCAACCAUCUGUGGCGUAUAAUGGGGCAAAUAUUAAUUUUUACAAACCAGGCAGGGUGACAAGUUGACCGAGUUCUCCUCUGCCUAUCGGCUUGUCAUGCAAAACUGUCUGUGUAUUUGUAGGUAGCCCUUGAUAAGGGUACAAUUACUGUAGAGAUUAUCAAUCGACU